UUCUUUCUCUUCUUCUCCCUCUCUCCUGUCUGUCUCUCUUCACUCUCUUCUCUCUCUUCUUCUCCCUCUCUCCUGUCUGUCUCUCUUCACUCUCUUCUCUCUGUUCUCUCUCUUCUUCUCCCUCUCUCCUGUCUGUCUCUCUUCACUCUCUUCUCUCUCUUCUUCUCCCUCUCUCCUGUCUGUCUCUCUUCUCUUUCUUCACUCUCUUCUCUCUCUUCUUCUCCCUCUCUCCUGUCUGUCUCUCUUCUCUUUCUUCUCUCUCUUCUCUCUCUUCUUCGCUCCAUCGUUCGUUUGCACAAUGUUUCUUCUCGGCGCGUGUGUGUUUCUUUUGCUUCUCGUCUGUCUGGCGCUGCUGUGGUUUUUCUCGACGCCCGACGGCUCCUCCCCCUUCUCGACUUUACACCGAGUCGUCUUUCUCGCGCUGCCCGCGCGCUUCCUCCACUUGCUCGAGCGCGUCUGCGGGACUCGCGUCCGUCGGGGCGUCGAGCGCGCUUGCUUCUACGUCUUUCACACCAACAAUCCGAUCGUCCAAAUCGUCUACCUCGCGGUGAUGAUCGGCGGCUACUCUCAAGUUGUCCUCGUCGGCUAUCCGUGGAUUCCAAACGCUUACCUCGGCGCCCACCACAAAUUCAUCGCCUUCGGCGCCUUCGUCGCCUGUCUCGCAACCUUCCUUGUCUGCUCGCUGAAAAAUCCGGGUAUCAUCAACCACACGAACGUGGACGACCAUGUCCGCCUUUACCCUUACGACGCGUGCAUCUACUUUUCCGAUACCGAGUGUUCGACCUGUCGCUUCCCCAAGCCGGCCCGGAGCAAGCACUGUCGACUCUGCAACGUCUGCGUCGCGCGCUUCGAUCACCACUGCGUUUGGAUCGGCAACUGUGUCGGAGCUCGCAACCAUGGCGUCUUCAUCAUUUUCCUCAUCACACACUUCCUAACUUGUGCAUACGGAUCUGUCGCCUCGUUGAGUCUCUUGCUGGGGAUUAUCGACGCCCAGAAACUCCUCUCCGCCACAUACAUCGAUCCUUCAACGGGCAGGAGGUCUGCUGCAACGUGGAGUAUUAUUUUCCAAUACAUGGCUGGGCGCUUCGGAUCGUUGAUUUUCCUCGCCGUUCUCUUCAUCGUUUUCUUCUUUCUGCUUCUCGGCUUCACCGCCUUCCACCUGUACACGGCUGUGUGGCGGAACAGCACGACGAACGAGAGCUUCAAGUAUCGCUGCAUGCGCCAGGUCUUGUCUUCUCCCUUUUCACUGGACGAUGAAGAGAGGAACUCGAUUUCUUCGGAGUCGGAAGGGAAACGAGGUUCGCGGGCAGCGGGAUGCGCCUCGCGGAAAGGAGAGAAAACAGGAGAGCGAGAAGGGGAGACAGAAGACGAACAAGGACGUCGCAACGCUGCAGAGCGCGGCGAGGAGGAAGGAGAACAAGAGUCAGCAGAAGAGAAGGAGCUUGAAGGAGAAGAAAACGCGAAAAAGGAGAUGCAUCCUGCUCUCAUGACGCCGGCUCGCGCAGCCCAACAUAUUGAGAAGGCGAGAGCGAAGUAUCGUCGGAACUUUCUCGACAGCGUUUUCGAAGUCUUUGCGUUCGACGAGUGGAUGCGCGAAACGCUGCGCCUCCAGGACGAGAAAUUCGCGAACGCUGUGGCCGCGGCGACUCGGGUGACACAGGAAGUCGUCGCAGCAGUCGGAGAAAAAGAGGAGAAAGAAAAAAAGGACGAAUGAGAACAACACGGAAGAAAGAAGAAGAGAAAGAAACAGCAGGAAGAAGACUAACAAGAAACAGGGAGAAGAGAGAAGAAGAGGAAGAGAAGAAGAGAGAAGAAGAGGAAGAGAAGAUGAGAGAGAGAAGAGAAAGUAACAAGAGGAGCACGAAGGAAGAAGGAACAAGAAACAAAGCAGAAGAAGUGAAAGGGAGUCUCUAGAGGACGACACUCGGAAGACGUCCGUCCAGAGAUUUGUAGAGGUUUUAGGCUCUACAGGCUCUCUCGUUCUUCCUUGUUUUGUCUGUGCGUCAUGGAACGGUAGUCGAAAAGGCAUCAAGCCGCAGAUUUAUAAACAGUGAAGAACCGGUGCUCACAUGGAAUCGACUCUGAAUUUUUCUUGGCUAGUCU